AAAACUAUUCCAUUUUCUGGCUUAGUUAGAGAAAUCAUGGAUUUGAGAGCAGCCCAUGUAUGAGGUCAUAGGUUAUUUACAAGUCAGGAUUUGGAUAGGUUGCAAACAUUUGUGUAAUCACGUAGACUGCAUAGUCAGUUUUUAGAUGAAGCUUCAACACUGUAUUUUUAUACAGGAAGGAGAUACACAGGCAUCUUUUAAAAACAAGCAUCCCUAACUAUGCUGUGUAAACAAGAUUUCUGUUGCAAGCUCUACUUUUUAUAUUCUGAUUGGCUGAUGAAUUUUAAAGCAAUAUGACUAGCAAUUGAAUGACUGAAAUGUAAGCUGCAUGGAUACAUUUUCCACACAUCUCUGUGCUUCUUAUAUCUCUGGCUCCUGUGAAUAGUACUGCGGCCACAGCUCAUUUGAUACUGCUGCAAUUUACAAAAUCAGAAUGUCAUUUCUGGAAUUCCAUGGACUCUGCUAUGAUCUGGGAGAGAGAGAAAUGGCUGAGACUGCUUCCCCAGGAUUUCUUUGGAUGGAUCAUUCUGAUGGAAGGAAUUAAGGCUGAGUCUAUGGAUCCUAAUACUUUUUUACUCAGUCCCAGCAAAAAUGCAUCGUGAUUUUUGCACUGGUUUGCUGCUUUGCAAUUCUGGUUGCACUAAUAUUUUCAGCUGUGGAUAUUGUGGGAGAAGAUGAAUAUGGACUCACAGAAAAAAACUGUCAAAAUAACUGUCGGUAAGAGAGUUGUUCUUGUGGAAAAUAUUCCUGAAGGCAUAAACUAUUCAGACAGUGCACCAUCCCAUUUGUCUCUUUUCCAGGGGUGGAUGAAUUUACUUAAUAUGGCUAAAGCAUCGGUUGACAUAGUAUCUUCCCAAUGGAACCUUAGUCACAGUCAUUCAACUCCAUGGCAGGGGCAGCAAAUUUUUGAAAAAUUGGAAGAAUUAUUGUCCCAAAAUAUUGAAAUCAAAUUAGUGAGUGAUAUUCUUCACAAGAAGUCCAAAUUAUUAAAUGACUUGGAAAAAAAGGGUGCAGAAGUGAUAUAUGUAAAUUUAACUGCUUAUAAUGAUGGUCAUUUGCAGUCAUCAUUCUGGAUUGUGGAUAAGCAACAUGUGUACAUUGGAAGUGCCAAUUUAGAUUGGAGUUCACUGGGGCAGAUGAAGGAGCUUGGCAUCAUCGUAUACAACUGCAGUUGCCUGGUUUUAGAUUUACAAAGGAUAUUUGCCUUGUACAGUUCCUUGAAAUCCAAGAGCAAAGUUCCCCCCACUUGGUCUAAAAGACUGUAUGCAGUGUAUGGCACUAAAAAUAAACUGCUUCUUAAGUUGAAUGAAACCAAGUCAGAAAUCUUUGUCUCAAAUUCUCCAAAGCUCCUAUGCCCUAAAGACAGGACUUUGGAUACUGAUGCAAUCUAUAAUGUGGUAGAUAAUGCUGAACAGUUUAUAUAUAUAGCUGUUAUGGACUAUCUGCCUAUUGUUAAUAUAAUAAAUAAGACAAGGUAUUGGCCUUUUUUGGAUGGAAAGAUCAGAGAAGCACUGAUUCUACGCAAUAUUAAAGUGCGACUCCUUAUAAGUUUAUCCAAAGAAACAAAUCCCCUCACUUUUAACUUUAUUUCAUCUCUUAAAGCAAUUUGCACUGAUGUUUCUAACUGUAGUUUAAAAGUUAAAUUCUUUGAUCUUGAAUCAGAAAGUGCAUGUUUUAUUAAGGAGCCAAAAAAUUCUUCUCUUCUCAAGCUAAAUCGCAAUAAAUAUGUGGUGACUGAAAGAGCUGCUUAUAUUGGUAAUUUUGACUGGGUUGGGACCUAUUUUAAUCAGAAUGCUGGAGCUGGUCUUGUCAUCAACCAUGCAGACACAGGGAACAAAACCAGCAUAAUUAAGCAACUUAAAGCUGUGUUUGAAAGGGACUGGUAUUCACAUUAUGCUAAAAGUUCAACAGCAAAGAUUUCAAACUGUCUAAUCUACAAACACAGCAAAGCAGCAGCCAAUAAGUCUGCCAUAAGCAAUAUGAACUGACGCCCCUUGUACUGUUCAGUAUCACAGCCAAGGGAGAAAUAGAGUAGGACUGAUGCUGACUCCCACUUUCUUAUUUAUGGACAAUAGACUUUUUUAAAAAUUAAAAAAAAUUUAUAGUAAAAAAGCACACUUACAUAAAAUGUUCUUUAAACUAUA